AAGAAAAAGGAAGGCACAGACAAAAACAAAAAGAUCUGAAAAAACGGAGGCGCGGUAAUGUGUGCCCUCAACGCUGCACAACUCGGGGCGAAGACGAAGAGCGAAAGUCUCAAUACGGCGCCGUUUCAUCCCCGGCAUCUGUUCCCCAUCUCCGCCGCUGUUCAUAAACCCUAAUUUUGCUGGAUUCCGUUCCGAAACCCACCGCAUUCAGUUGUUGUGAAUCUCGGCGGCACCUUCUGCUUUUGAUCAAUGAGAAUUGAGUUGGAAUUUUGAGAAUCUAUACGAAUCGUAGUUAGAUUUCGAGCGAUGGAGUCGUUGGUGGAGCUCUGCGAUUUAAUCGCGCAGAAUCCUGCGCAAUUUGGUAAUAAGAUAGCGUGGAUUUGCAGCCGCUGCCCGCCGGCGGAGUCGCUGAUGACGGGAUCGCCGACGGUUUCCAGGUCUCAACUCCAUGCGAUACUCGCGGUCGCGCGAUUCCUUUCGAAAUGCCCGAAUUCGGAACACGAAACCCCCAAGGCGCUGAUUCUCGCGUUUUACCGCUCAAUUCCUUUGACCUUUAAUCCCAAAUUCUGGCCGCAGGCGUUUUAUCCCGCGGAUGUUUCUUCGUUCUUCACCGAUUUCAUGAGUUACAUUUCGAAUGCGGCCGAACUAUGUCCUAAGUUUUCUAGUGAUGUUGCGGGAUUCACGGGGGAAAUUGUACUUCAGACGAUGGCGAAUGCUGAUUCAAGCAUAUCUAGGGUUUUCUUGAAUGCUCUAUGUUCGAAUUUCCCUCCUAUUCUUUCUGCUGAUGCCAAUAAAUUGAUACGAUUUCUUCUUGAUCGCUUUGAUGUUGGGGUUCCUACUUCUCCAAAGGAAGGAAUUUUGACCCCUGAUGUAGGUUCGGCGCAGGGCUCUCCGCUGAGUGGGAACUAUAAUCAGUCCCCUAAUGUUUCUGCAGAUUCAUCAAGCAGCUCUGGUAUUGUGGCGAAUGGGGUGGACAACGUUUCUUGGAAAAGCAAUGGAGACUUAUCUGCUCCUGCAGCUUAUAAGAAGAACUUAAAAUUCUUCGAGGACGAACCGGUGGAGGGUCUUGAAAAACAAGAAAUUGUUUUCAAGUUGAUUGGACAUGUAUGCAGCAAGGUGGCUAUUGAUCCCCGCCUUACAGAGCAAGUGCGGGGAAUAGCAAAGAGUCAACUUAGCUCAAUGGCUGAUUUCCUGAAGAUACGGAAGCGCGAUUGGUCGGAGCAGGGGCAGUUGCUGAAAGUCAGGAUAAACAGAAAGCUGUCAGUGUAUCAAGCGGCUGCGUUGCUGCAAAUCAAGACUCUCGCAUCUCUUGACACAGAAGGAAAGUCUUCAAAAAAAUUGUUGCAUGGAGCUCUUGGAUUGUUAAUUGAGGCUGCGGAGGCAUGCUUGUUCUCCGUGUGGCGUAAAUUGAGAGCUUGUGAAGAUCUUUUUGGCUGUUUGAUUGCUGGCAUCUCUCAAGCUGCUGUUAUUCGUGGAGGUCAGCUCCUCCGGGUUCUGCUUAUUCGUUUUAAACCCCUUGUGCUGGCUACUUGCGCUCAGGCCGAUACUUCAGUUAGCAGUCAAGGAUCUAUGUUCAAUAGUGUCCUGAAAACAUGUUGUGAGUUAAUUGAAUUCGGUUGGUCCAGGGAUCGGGCUCCCUUGGAUACCUUUAUCAUGGGACUGGCAACUAGUAUUCGUGAACGAAACGAUUACGACGAAGAGGAUGGAAAAGAGAAGCCAGCAACCCCACCUAUACAGCUGAACAUCAUACAUUUGUUGGCUGAGCUCAAUGUUUUCGUUAAGAAGCAUGAAGUUGUAGAUAUGAUACUACCCCUUUUUAUUGAAAGCUUAGAAGAAGGUGAUGCUUCGACUCCUGGGUUAUUGAGGCUUCGCCUUCUUGAUGCUGUUUCUCGCAUGGCGAGUUUAGGUUUUGAGAAGUCUUACCGUGAAGCAGUGGUUUUGAUGACUCGAAGCUACAUGGGCAAACUCUCAGAAGUUGGCUCUGCUGAAAGUAAAACCCAGGCACCUGAGGCGACAACGGAACGUAUUGAGACAUUACCUGCAGGAUUUUUGUUGAUUGCAAGUGGUAUUACAUGUAAUAAGUUGCGGUCAGAUUACCGUCACCGCUUACUAUCACUUUGCUCAGAUGUCGGCCUGGCGGCAGAGUCCAAAAGUGGAAGGAGUGGAGCAGAUUUUCUUGGUCCUCUUCUUCCUGCUGUGGCUGAAAUAUGUUCUGAUUUUGAUCCUUGUGUAGAUAUAGAACCUUCACUCUUAAAGCUAUUUCGUAACUUGUGGUUCUAUAUUGCGCUCUUUGGGUUAGCACCACCGAUACAGAAAACUGCAGCUACGUCAAAGUCAGUUUCAACUUCACUUAAUAGUGCAGGCAGUGUGGGUACCACUGCUCUCCAAGCUGUGGGUGGACCAUACAUGUGGAAUUCAUUAUGGUCUACUGCUGUUCAACGUAUUUCUCAAGGGACCCCACCUCUCGUUGUGAGCUCUGUGAAAUGGCUUGAAGAUGAGUUGGAACUCAAUGCUCUGCACAACCCAGGUAGUCGUCGAGGGAGUGGGAAUGAGAAAGCUGCUGUGACUCAAAGAAGUGCUCUUGCUGCUGCUUUAGGAGGGCGGGUGGAGGUUUCUGCAAUGAGUACAAUCUCAGGUGUGAAAGCAACCUAUCUUUUAGCAGUGGCAUUUCUAGAGAUAAUACGAUUUAGCAGCAAUGGAGGUAUUCUGAAUGGAAACCCAAAUGCAACUGGCUCUCGGAGUGCCUUCAGCUGCGCCUUUGAAUACCUAAGAAGUCCUAAUCUUAUGCCUGCUGUAUCUCAGUGUUUGACUGCUAUUGUUCAUCGGGCAUUUGAAACAGCAAUAACUUGGCUGGAGGAUAGAGCAUCUGAGACUGGGCCUGAAGCUGAGAUUAGGGAGUCUACUCUCUCGGUUCAUGCCUGUUUUCUAAUAAAAAACUUGUCCCAAAGGGAUGAGCAUGUACGAGACAUAUCUAUUACUUUGUUAACUCAACUCAGAGAGAGAUUACCUCAGAUAUUGUGGAAUUCAUCUUGUUUGGAUGCUCUUCUGCUUUCAAUGCAUAAUGAUCCACCUUCUGCUGUUGUGAGUGAUCCUGCCUACAUUACCAGUGUCCGAACUUUGUACCAAAAGGUUGUCCGUGAGUGGAUUGUUGUGUCGCUUUCACAUGCUCCGUGCACUAGUCAGGGUCUUCUUCAGGAAAACCUUUGCAAGGCUAAUACUUGGCAGAGAACACAGCCAACAGCUGAUGUUGUUUCUCUAUUGUCUGAGAUACGGAUAGGCACAGGUAAAAAUGAUUGUUGGAACGGUCCAAAAACUGCAAAUAUUCCUGCAGUUAUGGCGGCCGCCGCUGCUGCAUCAGGUGGAAACCUGAAGUUGAUGGAUGGAUUCAAUUUGGAGGUUCUUGGUACUGGUAUGGUCAGUGCGACAGCAAAGUGUAACCAUGCAGGAGAAAUUGCUGGAAUGAGAAGAUUAUAUGAGAGCAUUGGUGGUCUUGAUCAAUCUACUGUUGGUCUAAAUCAAGAUAAUCCAGAUGGGUCGGCACAGCCACCACAGCCCAAAAAAGAAUCCUUCAAUGAGGUAUUGCUUUCCAAAUUCGUAAAGCUGCUUCAGAAGUUUGUAACUGUUGCAGAGAAAGGGGAAGAAGUAGAUAAAUCAUCUUUCCGUGAAACUUGUUCUCAAGCCACUGCUUUGCUUCUUUCCAAUCUGGAUUCAGAUUCAAAAUCAAAUCCCGAGAGUUUUUCUCAACUUCUGCGCCUUCUUUGCUGGUGUCCAGCUUACAUAACCACACUUGAUGCUGUGGAGACUGGCGUGUUCAUCUGGACAUGGCUGGUUUCUGCUGCUCCUCAGUUGGGUUCGGUAGUUCUUGCUGAGCUGGUAGAUGCAUGGCUAUGGACAAUAGACACUAAGCGAGGCCUAUUUGCUUCGGAUAUAAGGUGUUCUGGACCUUCUGCGAAAUUGAGGCCCCAACUUGUAGCUGGUGAGCCCCAGUUGCGGCCAGAGAAGGACCCGGUUGAACAAAUAAUGGCGCAUAGACUGUGGCUUGGAUUUUUUAUUGAUCGAUUUGAAGUAGUUCGGCAUGACAGUGUUGAACAGCUUUUGCUACUUGGCCGGAUGUUACAAGGGACAACAAAACUCCCCUGGAAUUUUACUCGACAUCCAGUUGCCGUAGGAACUUUCUUCACCCUUAUGCUUUUUGGCGUGAAAUUUUGUUCGUGUCAUACACAGGGAAACCUUCAGAAUUUCAGAUCAGGGCUUCAGUUGCUGGAAGAUAGAAUAUAUAGAGCUGCCUUAGGGUGGUUUGCUCACCAGCCAGAGUGGUAUGAUUCGAGAAACAAAUAUUUUGCCCAGAGUGAAGCUCAAUCCGUUUUAGUGUUUGUCCAUCAUCUUUCUAAUGAGCGGGUUGACCCAACACACCAUGAUCCGAAAGCUCGGGGUGUUGAAAAUGGCAGCUCCACAAAUGACUCUAAGGAUCACUAUCAUCCUAUCUGGGGUCAGAUGGAUAACUAUGCUGUUGGGCGAGAGAAGCGGAGACAGUUACUUCUUAUGUUAUGCCAACACGAAGCUGACAGACUUGAGGUUUGGGCUCAUCCUGUUGGAUCAAAGGAAAGCUCUUCCCGGCUUAAAAUUAGCUCCGACAAAUGGGCUGAGUGUGCAAGGACUGCUUUUACCGUCGAUCCUCAGAUUGCUCUGUCAUUAGGUGCACGAUUUCCAGCAAAUUCUUCUCUGAAGACUGAAAUCACGCAGCUAGUCCAAUCACAUAUAACGGAGAUACGCAGUAUUCCAGAAGCUUUGCCUUAUUUCAUAACCCCCAAAGCAGUAGACGACAAUUCAACGCUUCUGCAACAAUUACCACACUGGGCAGCUUGUUCAAUUACGCAAGCUUUAGAGUUCCUUACCCCAGCAUAUAAAGGGCACCCUCGAGUCAUGGCUUAUGUUCUCAGGGUGUUGGAAUCUUAUCCUCCUGAUAGAGUGACAUUCUUUAUGCCUCAGUUGGUGCAGGCACUAAGACAUGAUGAAGGGAAGUUGGUUGAGGGUUACCUUCUUAGAGCUGCUCAACGAAGUGAUAUCUUUGCCCAUAUUCUGAUAUGGCACUUACAGGGUGAAGAAGCCUGUGUUCCUGAGGCAGGGGCAGGGACAGGGGCAAAAGAUGCACCUUUGCCGUCUCCCACGACUGUCGCCUUUCAAGCUUUGCUUCCAGUAGUAAGAGAUAAAAUAAUUGACGGUUUCAGUCCCAAAGCGCGGGCUAUUUUUCAAAGAGAAUUUGAUUUCUUUGACAAGGUUACAUCUAUAUCCGGUGUCCUCUUUCCAAUUCCAAAAGAGGAUAGGCGGGCUGGCAUAAGAAAAGAAUUGGAGAAAAUCCAAGUUGAUGGAGAUGACCUCUACCUACCUACUGCUCCCGGCAAACUUGUAAGGGGUAUACAGGUUGAUAGUGGAAUACCUUUACAAUCAGCAGCAAAAGUUCCUAUAAUGAUAACAUUCAAUGUCAUCGACCGGGAUGGGGAUCAUAAUGAAAUAAAGCCUCAAGCUUGUAUUUUCAAGGUUGGAGAUGACUGCCGACAAGAUGUACUUGCUUUGCAAGUUAUUUCGCUUUUGAAGGACAUCUUUGAAGCUGUUGAUCUUAGUCUCUAUUUGUUUCCUUAUGGAGUACUCCCAACUGGCCCAGAGAGAGGAAUUAUUGAGGUUGUGCCUAAUUCUCGAAGUAGGAGUCAGAUGGGCGAGACCACUGAUGGUGGUCUAUAUGAGAUAUUUCAACAGGACUUUGGGCCAGUUGGAUCACCCAGCUUUGAAACUGCUAGGGAGAAUUUUCUCAUUAGCAGUGCUGGAUAUGCAGUUGCUAGCCUCUUGCUUCAACCAAAAGAUAGACAUAAUGGGAAUCUUUUAUUUGACAGUGUAGGUAGGCUCGUUCAUAUUGAUUUUGGUUUUAUAUUGGAAACUUCUCCUGGUGGAAACAUGAGGUUUGAAAGUGCUCACUUCAAGCUGAGUCACGAGAUGACUCAACUACUCGACCCAUCAGGGGUGAUGAAAAGUGAUACGUGGUACCAGUUCGUAAGCUUGUGUGUAAAGGGUUACCUUGCUGCACGGCGCUACAUGGAUGGGAUCCUAAGCACAGUGGCCAUGAUGCUCGACAGCGGGUUGCCUUGCUUCAGCAGAGGAGAUCCAAUUGGAAAUCUUCGAAAGAGAUUCCAUCCAGAAAUGAGCGAGCGCGAAGCAGCCAAUUUUAUGAUCCGCAUAUGCACCGAUGCGUACAAUAAGUGGACGACGGCUGGAUACGAUUUGAUUCAGUAUCUCCAGCAAGGCAUUGAGAAAUGAGGAAGUUGUAUAAUCUUGGUCUCAUUAUGUUUUUUGACGCUUGUAUCUCGUAGCUGGGAAAUGAGGAGAAAACCACGAAAAUAUAGGUGUUGUUUAUAUGGCUGGGGGAUCGAUGCUCCUGAUAAUUUAUUUAAUUUAUAUUUUUUGUGGUUUCGUUUAAACCUUUUCAGAUAGAACUGAGAAACAGAGUUGCGAUGCGUGGUGUGAUCCAUUAACUUGUAAAAAUGUAGCUCGAUUUCGUCAUGGAAGUAUUCGAUUAAUUUAUUUCGUGCCA